UGGAUGAAUGAGAUUUACAACUAUGAUCCAGAAACUUACCAUGCGACUUUGACACAUUCAGUCUUUGUUCGACUCGAGGGCAGAAUCUUAAGACUUUCAAAGCCCAAUAAAAAUAUAUCCAGGAGGGCAAGCUACAAUGAAACCAAGCCAGAGGUUACCUACAUCAGUCAGAAAAUCUAUGACCUCACGGACAGCAAGAUUUACCUUGUACCUAAAAGUUUGGCUCGAAAACGAGUCUGGAAUAAAAAGUACCCCAUUUGUAUCGAGCUUGGUCGUCAAGAAGACUUUAUGUCUAAGGCUCAGACUGAUAAGGAGACGGUGGAAGAAAAGCUACCGGCUGAGGGAAGCGAGGACCCUAAGAAGCCACCCCUCCCCCAAGAGGGAACAAGAUAUGGCCAGCGAGAUCAGAUAUUGUAUCUCUUUGGGAGAACUGGCCGAGAAAAAGAGGAGUGGUUUAGGAGAUUCAUUCUGGCAUCUAAACUGAAGUCGGAAAUAAAGAAGCCACCUAAUGUCUCUGGAAGUAAACCAGGACUUUUGCCUGCACACAGCAGACACAGCAGUCCCUCAGGGCACCUGACCCACAGCCGCAGCAGCAGCAAAGGGAGCGUGGAGGAGAUCAUGUCCCAGCCCAAGCAGAAGGAGCUGGUGGGCAGUGUGCGGCAGAAGAUGCUUCUAGACUAUAGCGUGUACAUGGGGAGGUGUGUCCCCCAGGAAAACCGAAGCCCCCAGAGGAGUCCCGUGCAGAGUGCGGAGAGCAGCCCCACGGCUGGGAAGAAGUUGCCAGAGACUCUACCCUCUGAGGAAGAAGAACAGGAAGCCUGGGUGAAUGCCUUGCUUGGAAGAAUAUUUUGGGACUUCUUAGGAGAGAAAUACUGGUCGGAUCUAGUGUCUAAAAAGAUCCAAAUGAAACUCAGCAAAAUAAAGCUCCCCUACUUUAUGAAUGAGCUAACUCUGACGGAACUUGACAUGGGGGUGGCUGUGCCAAAAAUCCUUCAGGCCUUCAAGCCUUAUGUUGAUCACCAAGGACUCUGGAUCGAUUUGGAAAUGUCCUACAAUGGGUCCUUUCUGAUGACUCUCGAGACCAAAAUGAAUUUGACCAAACUAGGUAAAGAGCCUCUUGUUGAAGCCCUGAAGGUUGGAGAAAUUGGCAAAGAAGGUUGCAGGCCGAGGGCAUACUGUCUGGCCGACAGUGAUGAGGAGUCCUCCAGUGCGGGCUCCUCCGAUGAAGACGACGCCCCAGAGCCCAGUGCAGGAGACAAGCAGCUCCUCCCAGGGGCUGAAAGUUACGUGGGAGGUCAUCGAACAAGUAAGAUUAUGAGGUUUGUUGAUAAAAUUACCAAGUCAAAAUAUUUCCAAAAAGCAACGGAGACAGAGUUCAUUAAAAAGAAGAUUGAAGAAGUCUCCAAUACGCCCCUGCUGCUAACUGUUGAGGUACAAGAAUGUAAAGGAACCUUGGCGGUCAACAUCCCACCACCCCCGACUGACCGAAUAUGGUACGGUUUCCGGAAGCCACCAUAUGUGGAGCUGAAAGCUCGGCCAAAACUUGGAGAGAGAGAAGUGACUUUAGUUCAUGUGACAGACUGGAUAGAGAAGAAACUGGAGCAAGAGUUUCAGAAAGUUUUUGUCAUGCCAAACAUGGACGAUGUUUAUAUCCCUAUAAUGCACUCAGCCAUGGACCCUCGCUCCACUUCCUGCCUCCUGAAAGACCAACUUGUGGAGGCUGCUGAUCAGCCAUGACGGGUGAAGACCGGACAUUCCCAGUAUUGUGAGAUCUUGCUUGAGGUGUGGGGUUCUUGGCUGCCAUCUGUGCUGUAGCACUGGCUUCUAUUUGUGCCACAGCUGUUUCUUAAAGGACUGCUUCUACCCUCUGCCUGCCAGUGCCCAUUCCACUGUGAGGUGUCAUUCCCCGCAUCCAGUAACAGGUAUGUGGACUGCCUGCCGCAAAGCUUUGACUCAGCAGAGGAGACUGUGGGAGAAUCAUUAUGGUGGAUCCAGAAGUACAGGUGACUCACACCGUGGCUUUUUUAAGUGUACCAGUUGUUGUGGCAGCAGGUGAGCACAUUAAGAGCAAAGCUGUACAACU